UUAUAUAGGCUUAUAUAUAAAUAUAAGCUCUUGAAUGUCCAUGUAUUGUUAGACGCAAGAUUAGUAGAUCCACUUAACACCUCUAGACCGCACUAUAAAACCCUGAGAGGGAGAGUGCAGAAGUCCACUCCGAAUGGAAGUGUUGAGGCACAGACGAAAUGUUUCCAUGUAGUUUUAAUGUGUGUACAUGUCUCAUAUCUUUCUCGUGUGGAGAUAGCAACAACACACAAAACUGACACUGACAGCAUAAAAUUUCAUCUGCACGGAGGUGUUUGAGGUCUGCCCUAAUUUAGGAUCAGACCAUGGUUUUGAAACUAGGACACAAAGUGGGAGCUGGCUGCAGCUAAUGCAUUAUGGGUCGGUUGGAUUCUAUGAAAACAAACAUAUGUCUCUCUUGUCCUGACAGAUUUAUGGAUCAUCCCCUAAAUCCUGAUGUGUCCGCUAUGCUUGGAUGCCACUGCAGCUGCUAGUUGGUGCUGAUGCAUAAUCUGUCAGAAACCGUACUAUCGUCAGGCUUUACCACUCAGUUUCUUUUUCCAAAUGGACAACUACUCAGUUAGGCCCUAUUUUCACAAUACAGUAUGGUAAUCUAACCCGUAAACCCGGAAAUGCUAUGAUGCCAAAAAAUAAGGAUUUACAUAAACGUAAACAAUUGCUGCCUAAAGUACAAAAAGCAUAGGCCAUAUAAACGGACUGGACUAAAGAACAGAUGCAUUAUUGUACAACUCUGCCCUUAACCUGAACUGAUUGCAUGGUUUGACCUUCACUGAUUCAUACGCUGCAAGCGGUACUUCAAGCAAAACCAACCUCGGACUGCAGACUCUGUGGUCAGUAUGGCCUGUGAUCUGAUGCAGUGCAUCUAAUUUCUGCUCUUUGGCAAUUCUAAAGUCUAUUGUUGUUUUUCUCCGUUGUUCUCGCCCACAGUCAGUGUCCAAAUGGUGAUCUUGCUUAUGGUGGAUUUAAAAUAAAUGUAAAUCCAUUCAUUCCUCCUCUAGCAAGCUUCUUUAAAAAUAUGGCAGUAAAAACACACACAUUAAAAUAUAAUCAUCAUAAUAUAAACAGGCUUCCGCAAGAAACGGGUUUCUUCAGAAUGAGGCAACAGUUUGGUUCCUAGGCUAUAGGGCGUGACGAGUUAGUGUACCCCGGUUGAGAUGCUGCAUUGGAGUGCUUUUCCAAGACAUGUCGUAAAUAUGUGUUGUGCAUGGCAGGUAAUAGCUAAAUGGACCAGUCAAGCCGCAGACAAGAAACAUACAGCCCACUAUGCUUUGAGUUGCUAUGUGAGAAUGAAUAGCUGUAUAGCCUAUAGCGCGCAUAAAUAUAUAUAUCCUGUAUAUGCGUGCUAUAUGCGACUGCAGGCUGUAUAUUUUCCAUUCGUACGGAUGCAACAUUGCCCACAUUCCCUAGUCACCUUAAGUUCCCGAAGGUAGCAUCAAUGUGGGCUUGCUCUCUUCCACCAAUACCUGCCUCUGAUUGGCCCAGUGUUCCAUCACUCACAAGUUCCAAAAACGAGUCACGUUUCCUCCCAGCCAAUCACAGCCCCGUUUUCUAAUGACGCCGCGGGAUUCCGCGAAAUUGUUUCUUGGAGUUGGGAGAUGUGUCGCUCUCAGUGAAAUAGGACAGUUGACGCAUGUGUGGGAGCGCACAGAAAGGCGGAAUAAACGCAGACACAAUAGCUCGGUCGGUUAAACGCUGUCUUAUUAAUAAGGCAGUUAGAAAAAAAGGGAUUUAUAGGGAGAAGCAUAGAGGAAGCGCUGGGAACGAUUGUAAAUCCUGUCUGUCCUGUGGGGGUGUUUAUUUAUCCCUGCAACCUCAACAGGAAAACGCAGCAUUUGCGGAAUAGCCACAUCGAAGACGACACGUGUGGAUGGUUAACCGCAUGUUUCCUGGCAGGACUGCGGUCUGAUUUCUUUAUUGUAUCCAUUUUGUCGGAUUGUUUUUGAAUAUAUACAGCUACCCUAGAUACACUGCUUUCUUUUCCCCAUCCGGAUCUGCUGUAGUGAUGUCGGAGGUCGACGUCUCCGCAGACUGUCUCCCCAGCCGACCACCGGGUCGGACAGAGGACAUGUUGAAAGAGAACCAGGAGAACAGGACUUUGCUGAUGGUGGCAAUGAUUUUACUGGACUUGAACAAAUGUAACCCUAACGCUAUCAGCGCCGGAGGCAGCGACGCCGGCGCGCAGGGAAAGGUAGAGCUGGGGAGUUGCCGGUUGAACGCCGGGGACAGCCGGGACUCAGUGGCUCCCAAACAGUCCCGGAACAAGAGGGCGGAGGCGGCGGCGAGACAAGAGUUUCCUGAGAAAAGACAUUGCUGUCCCUUUACUGGCUGUGGAAAGAUGUACGGCAAGUCAUCCCACCUCAAAGCCCACCUAAGGGUCCAUACCGGUGAGCGCCCCUUCGAGUGUACCUGGCCAAACUGCGGCAAGAAGUUCUCCCGAUCAGACGAGCUGACGCGUCACUACCGCACGCACACCGGCGAGAAGCGCUUCAACUGUCCAAUGUGCGACAAGUGCUUCAUGAGGAGCGACCACCUGACUAAACACGCCCGGCGACACGCAGGCUUCCAUCCCAGCAUGCUCGAGGGCUCCAGUGCGGCCAAGAGACGCCGCUGCUCUGUGUCCGUGUGUUCCUCUGACUCUGGAGACCAAAGCCCUACUGGGAUGUGAGACACACCCACAUACUGUACAUAUAGGCUAUGGAUAAAAGUACAUGCGGUAGAUAGAGAAGCAGACACAAACACAAACACACCUGCAUGUGUGAUGUGUGCACCUUUACACACCUCAACCAGCCAGACCACUAUUUUAAGCUUUUCUGUCUAUGCAUGUAACGUUGUGCAACAGAGCAAAGAGAAACAUACGCUUGAACCUGACUGUAAUCAAACUAGAACGUCCUCCUCUUAUUCCCUGAGAUGAUUGUUAUUUAUUAAGGGUUUUUCAGGGUGGUUCUAGUAGCUUUGCUAUUUGUGAGGAGUUUUACUUUGCUGUGAUUUUCUUUCCUUCCCUGGAAAAAUCUGCAAUCCUAGAGGCAUUCAUGUACAUUUAGUUUUCAUGAACACUACAUGCGUUCACUUUGCAUCACAGUUUUCAUUUGUGGGUGACGACAAGAAUAAGAAAACAAAUUAUGACUGAGAUAUUGUGGGUUAAGACAUUUUGGGAAUAGUCGGCAGUAAAUAUUACUGUUGCACACAUGCACUAUACUAGUACAGUUACUCUCCUGUCCAGGACAAGGCAAAUGUACAGUAUAGCAGUAUUAUCAUGUAAAUAGAUUAAACAGACUACCUUUUAAGAUGGGUGAUAUACUCAGUAUGAUGUAGUUGAGUAUUAUUAUAGAGUAAUAAGACAAAGAUAUAGAUUCAUAUGUAUAUAUAUAUAUAUAUAUAUAUAUAUAUAAUAUAGAGAAUUGCAGAGCUUGGGUAUUUUAUUUCAUAUAUUUGGCCAUAGACAUAGACUCAGUAAAUCAGGUACACUGUGAGCUAGGUUUAGGCAGCACGUUUCCUGUGUUGAAACACAAAUGUUGUCACAUCAUGAUGAAUGUUUUGAUGCAAUUAUUUGCUAAUUCAUCAUGAGAUACUAUAUAUAUAUAUGUUUCAACAUACUGUUGCUUUUUCAGGCUCUUGAAUUGUAUCAAUAGUGCAGGAAAACAUAACAGGGUAAAGGUAACAGGUAAGGAAAGUAGACUUUACUUUUUCACCUGGCUGUUAAAACACUUUUUAGUGUUAAGACCAUAAUGAUUCAUGUUUAGUUAAAGAUUGUAAACAAGGAUGUGUGUGCCUUUCAAGGGUUUUGUAGCAAAGAGUAAUUUCUACAUUUUCAACCUUGAAGAAAUACUACCUGUAUGAACAUCAUCAGAUUCUUUAUGUUGAUAUUCAAUAAUACUUAGAAUAUCAAUGACUGUCUCUUAUGCCAACAGUGCCAGUUGCUGUACAUUGAAACUUUUGUUUACUCUGUAUCUGGAAUGCAUUUUAUCAGGGAAUAAUGCCAUGCAUGGUCAUUUUAGUCAAUAUUCCACCCUGUGGUGGUGACAUGGAAGCACAACAUUUCUCACUACAGAAAGUCAUAAAACCCCUUUUUUAUUUUCUGUCCUAGCAUUUUGAGGCGCGCUCUGUUUAUUACUUUGUUUGUGAAUCAGUGAAUUACAUCAUGUAGCAUGUUCUGAUGUAUUUGUUUGGUACAAUGUAUUUUUUAAUUGUCUGGUAAUCUUUUGUACUAUUGCUAAUGGGAUUAGAGGUCUCAUUUGUCCACUACAGGAGCCAGAAACAUUGUUGAUGUCAUUAGUUUAAUUUUUAUACUUGCCACAUAAUGCAUUAACAUGUCCAGAUAAGAUGUAAAGUUAUGUGUAGUUAGGCUCAGAGGACAUAAACUACUUACAUUUGUAAAGUUAAAUAUUUUUCUUUUCUGGCAUUAUGACAACUGUGAUUAGAUGUCGGUGCCUUUCAGGUUGAAGCCCUUACUUCUGAUGCUACUGUACUGUAAUCUGGGACUGUCAACGCAGACCCCAUGUUAUCACAAUAUGCAUAGCUGUGUAAUAAUUACUGCUCAAAAGUUUUAACAUUAAAAUUAUUUUUCUUUCUAAA